AUGCGCUUAAAUACAACAGCACCAUCACCCCCCUACUCUUACCCAUCUGCUCCCACGCUCUCAUCCGCCCUCCUCCCAUCUGUCCAGAUCGGAGUGAAGGGAGCAGAGUACAUGGCAGAUGCUCUCAAGUACAACAGCACCAUCAACACUCUUGACCUGAGGGCCAACGCGCUGGGUGAUGAGGGCGCGGCCAUUCUGGCUCUGAGUCUGCGUGUGGUCAACAAGCAGCUCAUUCUAAACACCGAUGGGCCCGGAGCGGCCAUCCUGGCUUUAAGUCUGCGCGUGGUCAACGAGCAGCUCUCCUCGUUGGACCUGGGCUUUAAUGAGAUCCGCGACCGUGGGGCAUACGCCCUGGCAGAGGCGCUCAAAGCGAAUGGGGAGGCGGCAGUCGAGACACUUAACCUCUCCAGCAACUACAUCACCAAAUACGGCCAGGUUGCUCUGAGCGAGGCCAAGGACCUGGUGAGUGAGAUGACAGAUACUUACCAGUGGUUCAUUCCCUCUUUCCUCCGGUUUCCCUCUGUGCGUGUAUCAAAUCCCUCCCAGGUUGCUUUGAGCGAGGCCAAGGACCUGGUGAGUGAGAUGAAUGACGGCAAGGAGGUCAACAUCUACUGGUAA